AUGGAUUCCUUCCAACCUGCAGAAGGAUCCAAUCCUGAAGAUGAGCCUCACCUGAGGAACAUCUUAGGGAAGAAGAGAAGCAGCAUCAGCAGCACAUGUACUCCCCACGACCUCCAAUGGCAGUCAUCCAAAACCCUGGAAACCCUUAGGCUGCAGGGUUUCAAUGACCCAGACCCAACACUCCCAUCCCAUCCCCCUAGCACAGUAUCACAGCAACCAGAACAACAAGCCCCAUUCCUAGCACCGGCAUUGGGUGCCAUGCUAGAGAUUCCCUGGAUGCCCCAUGGAUGGCUCGAGGAACUGGGAGUUCCAGGGGCUGGGGAUCUCGACACACCACACUAG